AAGCUUAUCAAUAAAUAUGAUUGCAUUCAAAAAUGAUGUAUCAGCUUUAAAAACAACAAAAUAGUUGUACUCGCACAAUAUGAUAACAAAGAGCUACUUAGUUAUGAAUAACAAACAAACAAGAGCGUCGCCCCGACCCCUGACCCCUUAUCUAUCGAGGGAGGGCCAGUCGGCCAGUCUUCAGCAGAGUUCCCUAUCGUGUACUCUGGUGGUUAUUUGAGAUAUUGGAAAUUGGUCUUAUUUAAGUGAACAUGUAUACUGCGCUGUGGACAGCGGCGCUCGUGGCCUGUUUUAGGCUAGCGUCACUUGCAGACUCAACCCCGGCAUGCGUGAUAGAGCUGGAAUGUCGUGAGUGCGUGCCCGACCACAUGCCGCUAGUGACGUCACACAGCGCGCACGGCGGCCGCGUGUCCGCCGCGCACGGCGACGAGCUGCGGCUGGCGUGCGGCGGCGGCGCGCUGCUCGCCUACCCCGGCCGCGGCGCCGUGCGCGCCGUGUGCGAGCACGGCCGCUACAGGGUGCGCGAGGACGGCCAGCUCAGGCAUCUGCUGGAGCUGGGGUGCCAAGAGGACGUGUUUGAGGACGUCUUACAUGAUGUUGAGCAUUGCGGUUCUCCGCUCCAAGGCCGCGCGUACAAGACGGCGGCGAGCGGCGCGCCGCGCCACCUCGCCACGCUGUGCUACGACGCCGAGCGCGCCAUCACGCGGCGGGCGCACGCCGUCGCCGCGCCCGGGGACGAACUCCACAUGGCGCCGCAUUCGGACAACUUCUCGCCGCUCACCAUCCUCGGCAACUUCAAUCACAUGUUUGAUGCUAACACGAGGAGAGACGCCGAAGCCCUGUUUUCAGACGACGUCAGCGCGAACCGCAGACUCCGCGAGUUGUUAAAACAUGAAGACAUCGCGCUGGGAGACCAGUCCGUCACGGCCGGCAAGUUGCUAGCUCCACAUUACUUUGAAGAUCAGAACGCUAGAGUCACAGAAUUUGCGUCUAACAAGAUGGUAAUGUGGCGCAGCGUGGCACACGGCAACUGGCACCACUUGCAGCGCGACGUGGCGGCGGCGCUGCAGUCGGCGCGGCGCGUGAACGCGUCGCUGCACGUGUUCGCGGGCACGCACGGCGCCCUAGGGCUGCGCGGGCGCGGCGGGCGGGCGCGCGUGGCGCUGCGCGCGGGCGGCCGCUUCCCCGCGCCGCGCCACGCCUGGGCCGCGCUCGUGGACCCGCGCGGGGCCGGCGUCGCGCUCGUCGUGCUCAACGAUCCCUUCGUGGCCGUCAGCGAGAUUAAGGACGCAGUAUUCUGUGAGAGCAUGUGUUCCUCCAUUUCUUGGCUGCGGGAACUCCGGCGCAACCGCAAUUACGAGACUCCCUUGCUCGGCCUUACGUUCUGCUGCAGUCUGCAGAACUUCACGGACGUCGUCACCGAGUUGCCCAAGAAGAUAAUCCCUCGCCUGGACCAGUAUUCAAUUCUAACGGACUUGAAUCUACAGGAGAGUGAUCCUUCAAGAAAUACAGUUUAAUUAUGUAGUAAGGAAUCUGCGUCCAGUCAGUCUUCACGAACGUUGACAAGGCAUGUGUCAUUUUGUUAAUCUGUUCCUGCAAUUACCUGGAAAGAUGUAGGAGAGAAGACAUGUGCCAUGUGCCUUAUUAUCCAGUCCAGUCCAGGAAUAAUCCCGCAGGAUAAAGUAAUUAUAGAAUGUUAAUACAUUUGUGUAAACACUGUAGCAGUGUCUAGUGGUUUUGUUGUCUUGAGUAUUCGUUUUAUCUUCUGACCACCUGACACUACCAAAUGUAAACAAUAAGUUGAUCGAAAAGUAACAGUGUAUUAACAUUAAACCAAAUAGCUUUUUUACUAUUAGCGAAUUUAUUUGUAUCCUUUUCUUAGUUAAUGUUUUUAAGAAAUAAAAUACAUCUUGUUGUUAUGUAAAGAAGUUUAUUAUAAAAUACAAUAUUUUAAUGAACCAUAAUGUGAAGCCAUUCAAUCCUUCUCUGCAAUAGCGGU